UUAUUUAUCAACACAUCCCUUUGUGCUGCAAAAAAUAAUUUUCCAUCCUUGAUUGUUUUCCCUCUCACUUUCUCAUUGGAGGGAAAACAUCCAAAAGAAAAUUUCAGACAGGGAAGGAUAUAGCUUCUCCUUCAACCACUGAACAAAUCUAGGGUUUUAGCCAUUUCCUUGAGCUCAUUUUCUCUCACCACAUAUUCUUGUUGAAGUGGAUAUGCAAACUAAGAAAAAAACUUCUAGGCGAAAUGCCAGAAAUGCCAGUCAAGAUCGCAGCAGUCCUAAGGUUUCUAGAUCACAGAGGAAGGUUUCUGAAAAUGGACGAGCUGCUGAAAAGAAAGUGACAGACCUAAUUACAUCAUCUGUUAGAAAGAAUAAAUCUUAUAACAAUCUCGAGAAUAAAGCUAGAGAACCUGUCCCCUCAACAGAUUUGAAUCAUGAAUACGAGUUUAUGGACAGUGGGACUUCCAAUCUUUGUUUGGAAAAUGAUACAGUUGAUGGUGUUUCACUGGAUUUUAUGGGUUGUAACAAUGAAGCUGCACAUCUUGAGUCUGGAACUAUAUUUUCUCCUGGUUUUCACUUAUCGAAAAAUCCUGGAGGAAAAGUUGUUGAUAGAGUUGAUUUUAUCAAAAUUUUUCAGAAUGAAGACCACAAGAGAAUUUCUCCAUGCCAAGAAAUAAAGUCACCACAGGAAGAUACAGUAAAUGGUCCUGGCAGUGAAGACUUUGACACUGCAAUGGAAAUAGAUAUGAACAAUUCAUCCAACUUCUCUAAUUCAGGGAGCUGUGGCAAUCAGAUGCAUGCUUUAGGCACAGAAAAGGUGAACGGUUGCAAUUCUGAUUUUGAUGGAAAUGGUCUUUCCAUGGAGGUUUCUGCCAUAUAUCUUGCCAUGAAAAACUCAAAGCUAGAAUGUGUUGAUGAGCAUGGUCAGGAUCCCAUGUCUUCUGAAAUAUGUACAGAGGAGGAUGAGUUCGAGGAUUUUGAUGAUUUUGACCCAUACUUAUUCAUAAAGACCUUACCGGACCUGUCAACAGUGGUUCCAACUUUUAGACGAUUGUUGUUACCUAAGCAGACACGUAGUUGCCCUUCUACUACUCUUGUUCUGGAUUUGGAUGAAACUUUGGUGCAUUCUACCCUGGAACCAUGUGAGGAUGUUGACUUCACUUUUCCUGUUAAUUUCAAUUGUGAGGAGCACAUUGUCUAUGUUCGCUGCCGCCCUCAUCUCAAAGAUUUCCUUGAGAGAGUUUCUGGUCUUUUUGAGAUUAUUAUAUUUACAGCCAGUCAAAGUAUUUAUGCUGAACAACUUCUAAACGUUCUUGAUCCAAAGCGGAAGAUAUUUCGUCACCGUGUAUACCGUGAGUCCUGUGUUUAUGUCGAGGGGAAUUAUCUCAAAGAUUUAACAGUUCUGGGUCGUGAUUUGGCACACGUUAUAAUAAUUGACAAUUCCCCACAGGCAUUUGGAUUCCAGGUGGAUAAUGGAAUACCGAUUGAGAGUUGGUUUGAAGAUCGUUCAGAUCGAGAAUUGCUUUCAUUACUUCCGUUUUUGGAGAGCUUGGUUGGUGUUGAUGAUGUCCGGCCACUAAUUGCAAAGAAAUUCAACCUGCGAGGGAAAAUUGCUGCAGCCGUGCAUCCUCUAAACACAAAUAGAAGAGAUUUCUUAUCAGAAUGAAUUGUGAGUUAUAGAAUAUCGAGGAAGGAAAGUUAUAGCAUUCUUGCACUAUGAUUUUAACUUUAGCAUUUUCUUUGUUGUUGAAAUUGUAAUGAUAUUCAAACUCUGAACCAGCAAAAAGAAAGGGGGAUGAUGAGAAUGUAAGCAUGUGUCGAGAAUAGAAACCGAUUAUACAAAAUAACUUGUGCGGCGGAUACAUGCUUCUUACUCUCCUGUUAAUAAAAGUUCCCCAAUUAUUUUUAUUUAGCACAAA